AUAAUGCUACCUCUCUUUGUAAAUUCAGCCAAUUGGCACUGAAAACUGGUUUAAGCAACCGCAUCGAUUUGGUUGCUUUCUCCUUUGUUUUACAUACCUAGCCAAUCUGAGCCCACUUCCAAGGAGGAAACCACAAUAUAGUUCCAUUUUUGCUUUACUCACUUAGUUCAUCCAAAAAAAUGGAUCGAAUUCUGAUCUGGGUUCUCCCCAUUUUGAUCUUUCUCGUUCUUCCAAAGUCCAAUUCAGAAGAUGAAAAUGUCAAAACGGCACUGCUGCAAUUCAUGGAGAAACUUUCAGCAGGACAUGAGCAAAAUGAUCAGAAUUGGGGUUGGGACAUCAAUUCGGAUCCCUGCAAUAGCACAUGGAAAGGUGUGGACUGCUUGGGAUCGCAAAAUGUUAAGAGGAUUGUUCUUAAUAAGUUCAACUUAACAGGAAUAUUAGACGCUGCUUCUGUCUGCACAGCGAAGUCUCUUCUUGUCUUGAGCCUGAAAGAGAAUAACAUUUCUGGCUUCAUACCUGACGAGAUAGGAAAUUGCAAACGUCUAAGCCACUUGUACGUAGGUGGGAACCGAUUUACUGGUGAUAUUCCUGACACUAUUUCCCAGUUAAUUAACUUGAAAAGGCUUGAUAUAUCCAACAACAACUUCUCUGGUGCGCUUCCUGAUAUGUCCCGAGUUUCAGGCCUGCUAACCUUCUUUGCUGAAAACAAUCAGCUCGGUGGGGCAAUACCGGAUUUUGAUUUCUCCUAUAUCAAGGAAUUCAGUGUCGCCAACAAUAAUUUCAGUGGUCCAAUUCCUGAUGUCAAAAGCAAGUUUGGGGCAGACAGCUUCACAGGUAACCCUGAAUUAUGUGGGACACUAUUAUCAAAAGCCUGCCCACCAUCCCCUCCACCGUCAAAAAAGGGAUCGAAGCACUCAUCAGCUGAUCGGUUCCUUAUCUUCUCAGGCUACAUACUACUUGCCGUGGUUGUGCUGCUCUUAUUUGCUUUAUAUUUAUUUAAGAAAAAUAAAUCUAAAGGAGAAACGGUUAAGGUAGUCAAGAAGGGGAAGGUAGCUACUGCGAGUAAAGAACCUAGUAGAACUUCAAGUGAAUCGAAGACUGGUGGUAAUAGAUCAGAGUAUUCAAUAACAUCCGUUGAGGCCGGAACGACAUCAUCAUCACUUGUGGUUCUUCCCAGUCCUGUGGUGAAGGAUUUGAAAUUUGAUGACUUGCUUCGAGCUCCAGCUGAGUUGCUAGGUAGAGGAAAGCAUGGAAGUUUAUACAAGGUCAUGCUCGAUAAUGCUACGAUCUUGGCAUUGAAGAGGAUCAAAGACUCGGGGAUUUCUGCAGAAGACUUCAAGAGCAGAAUUCAGAGGAUAGACCAAGUGAAGCAUCCCAGAGUAUUGCCUCCAGUAGCCUUUUAUUGCUCCAAGCAAGAGAAGCUCCUGGUAUACGAGUAUCAGCAGAAUGGCAGUCUCUUCAAGCUUCUCCAUGGAUCCCAGAAUGGUCAAGUAUUUGACUGGGGAAGCAGACUCAAUGUUGCAGCUAGUAUUGCAGAGUCCUUAGCAUACAUGCACGAGCAGCUUCAAGAAGGUGGGAUUGCUCACGGGAACCUGAAAUCCACCAACAUUUUAUUCAACAAUAAAAUGGAGCCCUGCAUUAGUGAAUAUGGUCUUAUUGUGGUUCAAGGCCAAGACCAGUCAUUCCUUUCCCAGUCUGAUAGCUUCAAAACCGAUGCUCUGGGUAGAAACGUCGCAUAUAGCACCUUCAAGUUGGAUGUUUAUGGCUUUGGUGUGGUUCUUCUUGAGCUUUUGACAGGGAAACUAGUCCAAAACAAUGGCUUUGAUUUGGCAAGUUGGGUGCAUUCAGUGGUUAGAGAAGAAUGGACUGCUGAAGUUUUUGACAGGGCCUUGAUCUUAGAAGGUGCUGGUGAAGAGAGGAUGUUGAACCUGUUGCAGGUAGCAUUGAAGUGCAUAAAUCCGUCUCCAAAUGAGAGGCCAAGCACAAGCCAAAUUUCAGCUAUGAUAAACACAAUAAAAGAGGAUGAAGAGAGAUCCAUUAUUUCAGAUCCAUGAUUAAACUAUGCCAUGGAAGUCGAGUCCGCAUUAGUAAUAAAAUAUUAUACAAUUUGGUCAUUAACCCUACAUCAAA